AGUCGGCGGCCGCAGCCCUAGCGCCCGCUGCUCCGCCGGGGCGGCCCGGCCGCGGGCACGGCCGCGCGCGGCAGGAUUGGGGGCCAUGAAGCCGAGUCCGGCCGGGACGGCGAGGGAGCUGGAGCCGCCGGCGCCGGGCCGGGGCGAGCAGCGCGCCGCGGAGCCCGAGGGGCGCUGGCGGGAGAAGGGCGAGGCGGACACGGAGCGGCAGCGCACCCGCGAGCGGCAGGAGGCCACGCUGGCCGGGCUGGCGGAGCUGGAGUACCUGCGCCAGCGCCAGGAGCUGCUGGUCCGGGGCGCCCUGCGCGGCUCUGGGGGCGCGGGGGCCGCUGCCGCCCGCGCCGGGGAGCUGCCGGGGGAGGCGGCGCAGCGCAGCCGCCUGGAGGAGAAGUUCUUGGAGGAGAACAUCUUGCUGCUGCGGAAGCAGUUGAAUUGUUUGAGGAGAAGAGAUGCUGGUUUGUUGAACCAGUUGCAGGAACUUGACAAGCAGAUAAGUGACCUGAGACUGGAUGUAGAAAAGACAUCUGAAGAGCACCUGGAGACAGACAGCCGCCCCAGCUCAGGAUUUUAUGAGCUGAGUGAUGGGGCUUCGGGAUCCCUUUCCAAUUCCUCGAACUCGGUCUUCAGUGAGUGUUUAUCCAGUUGUCAUUCCAGCACCUGCUUUUGCAGCCCCUUGGAGGCAACCCUGACUAUCUCAGAUGGUUGCCCCAAGUCUGCAGAUCUCAUAGGAUGGUUGGAAUAUAAAGAAGGCCACUGUGAAGACCAGGCCUCAGGGGCAGUUGGCCGUUUCCCCUCCGCAUCACAAUCUAAUUCCCUUGGUGUCAUUACAGAUGUGAAUCCCAAGUACCAGUGUGAUCUGGUGUCUAAAAACGGGAACGAUGUGUAUCGCUACCCCAGUCCACUUCAUGCUGUGGCCGUGCAGAGCCCAAUGUUCCUCCUUUGCCUGACCGGCAACCCCCUGAGGGAAGAGGAGAGGCUCGGUAACCAUGCCAGCGACAUUUGUGUCGGACCUGAGCUGGACGCCGUCAAGACAGACACUUCCUUACCAUCUCCGAGCAGUUUGUGGUCUGCUCCCCAUCCUUCAUCCAGUAAGAAAAUGGAUGGUUACAUCCUGAGCCUGGUCCAGAAAAAAACACACCCUGUAAGGACCAACAAACCAAGAACCAGUGUCAACGCAGAUCCCACGAAGGGGCUCCUGAGGAACGGGAGUGUUUGUGUCAGAGUGACUGCGGGCGUCUCACAGGGCAACAGUGGGAACCUUAAGAGUUCUAAACAGGUGCCUUUGCCCUCUGGCGGGAUCCCCUCUCUGGACAAUGGGACGUUCUCCCCACUGAAACAGUGGUCGAAAGAAUCAAAGCCAGAACCACCGGAGAGCAAGAGGUUGCCCGCGCCUGAGGGCUGCUGCCCAGGCGCUGCCACUGAACUUCAAGGGAAGCAUCUGCCCAAAAAUGCCAAGCCAGUCUCCCAGGAACUUGCUAGGUGCCCGCCUGCUGGGACAGGGGAGCCCCCUAAGGAAAGCGGGCAGAUCCCAGCUGCCUCCCCGAAGGAGAGCCCUGGGAGGGCGCCCGCCUCGCUGCUGCAGGAGAACAAGGUGGUCCAGCCACUGAAAAAGGUGUCGCAGAAAAACAGCCCACAGGCCGCCCCUCCGGCGGCGCCCCCUCCCGCCGCUGCAGCCCUGCUGUCUCCCGCUUUCCUGGCAGCGGAAGAGCGGCCCGCCCUGGAUUUCAGAAGCGAGGGCUCUUCUUCUCAGAGCCUGGAGGAAGGGCCGCUGGGGAAGGCGCCGCCCGGCCUGGCGCUGCCGCCCGGCGUCCGGCCGCCCCGGGGCACGCGGCCCGCGGCCGCCCCGAGGGGCUCGGCCCUGAAGCACCGGGCCGCAGCCGUCCACGGGCCCGAGAGCGCGCCGCCCGCGGCGAGGGAGAGAGCCCGGGCGGCCGGCAAGAAGUGCCGGCUCCCCGACGACACGGAUACAAACAAGAGACUCCGGAGAGCCCCGGCCAAGGGGCGGCGGGGCGGCGGCGGCGGCGGCGGCGGCCAGCCCGACGCGGGGCUCCCCAGCCGGCCCGCGGGCGCGGGCCACCGCGCGGGCAGCCGGGCGCACGGCCACGGCCACGGCCGCGAGGCGGUGCUGGCCAAGCCCAAGCACAAGCGCGCCGACUCGCGGCGGUGGCGGUCGGCCGCCGAGGUGUCGUACGAGGAGGCGCUGCGGCGCGCGCGGCGGGGCCGCCGGGAGCCCGCGGGGCUGUUCGCGGCCGCGCCGCUGCCCUACGCCAGCCCCUACGCCUACGCGGCCAGCGACUCCGAGUACUCGGCCGAGUGCGAGUCCCUGUUCCACUCCACCGUGCUGGACACCAGCGACGACGAGCGCAGCAACUACACCACCAACUGCUUCGGCGACAGCGAGUCCAGCGUGAGCGAGGGCGAGUUCGUGGGCGACAGCAGCAGCACCAGCGACUCCGAGGAGAGCGGGGGCUUGAUCUGGUCCCAGUUUGUCCAGACGCUCCCCCUGCAGCCCGUCCCGGCCCCGGACCUUCGCCACCACCCCGCCAAAACCUUCGUCAAGAUCAAGGCUUCGCACAACCUCAAGAAGAAGAUCCUGCGCUUUCGCUCCGGUUCUUUGAAGCUGAUGACCACCGUCUGAGGAGCAGCCUUGGCGUAGAAAGUGGGGUGUCUCUAGUUCCCCAAGAAAUGGUGGCGUCUUACUUUUUGGUGCGUAAUGAUUUCAUGGAACGCUUUCCUUUGGAUAAGGUAAAAGCGAGGUGAAUUCUGUCUCGUCUUCGUCAUGUAUGGACCCUAGUGCCUUUAAUGGAAGGUAAAGAAUGUUUUUGCGGGUUAGAAGUGAAUAUUGAGUUUCUGAUGGUGGUGAUAGUGAGUGACGUUUGUGGUGUCAGAUGAUUUUUAUUUGAGAUCUUCUGAGCAUCUGUGAAGGCACAGGUUUUGGUGUUCAAGUGUUAAUGGGAUGAGACCGUUGGAUCCGGAGGUCAGGUGGAUGGAAUUUGAGGACAUACAUUUGCUUCUUUGGUUCUUUAGGGCAGCGUCUCCAUUAGGGUUUUCCUGUCGAGGGCAUCACAUGCAGUUGUGUGAAGUAACUACAAGGGGCAGUCAUGGUUUUCUGUAAUUUUUUAUACACUCUAAUUUUCUCCAAUGUAUCCGCGUUCUUUUUUCUUCUCAGAACUGUUUGGUUUACUGGACUCAGAACUUGAAGACCAGACCCUACAUUCAGAGGGGUGACCUGGGUAGGGAGGCUGGUAAUACCUUCAAAUGAUUCACUAAAACCUUUGCCACACUUGGUGCCUAGGCCCUGGUUACAGUAACCUCUUCUAGGGCCAUUUACCCAACAUUGAUGCCUUUCUCCUCCUCCCUAAUUUGCAUCAGAUCCAACCAUUCCUCGCUUGGAGACUUGCCUUUGGGAUAAUACUUUGGUCAUUGGGUACAGAGAAAUUCACUCCUAGUGAGAUAACCCUUGGGUGUGACUCCAAGCUCAGCCCGCUCAUGGAGCACUGUGCCACUAAGCAUUAGCCCAGACAUUAGUGCAAUCCAAUCCAGGUGGGACCACUGACCCUGUCUGGAAGGGCUUUUUUAAAAAAAAUUUUUCUUGGUAAACAGUAUUGUGUAAAAUUGCUUUUUUGAUACCAAUAUAUGCAUGUUUUGUGCAUGAGUAGUACUUGUUUUGCUAUUCCUGUUGAUGUUAAAUGACUGUAUGAUAUAAACAGUAUGUGUUUUUUAUAUAUCUGUGUAAAUUUAAUAUAACACGUUAUAUACUGUAAUAAACGAUUUGUUUUACUGCUGUUAAGUUUGUUAUUUGGGUAUAAAACCAGAUGUUUACAUCUAUAAAUGUUGUGCUGAUUAUUGUGGGAUUUAUAUUAGGCCUAUUCUAGCAUUAGGAUAUUAUUUGCAAUAAUUAAGGCAGAUUUUAGGAGUGUUUGAAUGGAUGGUGAAUAAACAAAUGAGGAAAAGCAAGCCACUUCUUUAGAAAAGUUAAGGUGCUUCUUUAAAAUUUAAGGUACAUAGAUCUCUUCUAAGGAAAAUAUUUCUGAGAAGACUUCCCCUCUCUCCCAGAACUUCUACGUAUGAAAAAUUUUCAACAUGGAAAAGUUGAAAGGAUAGUACAAUAAACACCUUUGUAUAGCCACCACCUUGAGUCAACAGUUGUUACCAUUUUUCCAUGCUUGCUUUAACAGUGUUUAUGUAUAUAUUAGAUUAAACAAUAUCGCUAGUUUUGUGGGUCAAAGACAGAUUUUGGUGGUCCUCCCUCUCCCCACCACGCUACUAUAUUAUUUUAGAGUAAAUUUCAGGCAUCAUGAUAUUUCAUCUCUAAAAAUUUAAGCAUGUAUUUCCUAAGAACAAGGAGAUUCUCCUAUAUAAUUACAACACCACGAUCACACCUAAGGAAAAUUGAUGAUAAUUCUUAAUAUCAUCAAAAAUUUAAUCUCUAUUCAAAUUUUCCAAUUUGUUUCAAGAAGUUUUUAAUAGCAACUUCCCCACUCCUCCCAACCAGCGUUCAGUCAAUGUUAUACAUUGCAUUUGGUUAUAUCCCUAGUCUUUUUUGUCUAAAAUAGUCUCUCCAUAUUUUUUUUUUAAGUGACAUUAAAUUUUUGAAGUCGUUGCAAUUGUUUUGUAGAAGGGCCCACAUUCUGGAUUUGGUUGUUUAUGCUGUCUUCUAACAUCUUUCAGUCCCUCUAUUUCCUGUAAAAUGUGAAGGCUUGAUUGGAUUCAGGUUAAGCAUUCUUGGCAAGAUUUCACUAGUGAUCUUGUGUACUUUUAUUGCUUCACAUCAAGAAACAGAAUAUCGGGUUGCCCUGCUAUUACUGAAUUUAAGAGUGAUCCCUUGGUCAAGUCAGUGAGCAGAGUUUUCUCCACUAUAAAGGUUUUGUUUUUCCUCCUUGCAAAUGGUUAGUAUUUGUGGGUCAUUCUUU